GACGAGCUCGCCACCAUCGCCAGGAGCCGCAUUUGGAGGUGCACCACGUGCGGCCACUCGGGUCCUUGGUCGCGGCUCAACGACGAGGUGCGCGGCCUCGAACAGGCCACCUACGACGAGCUGACCAAGAUCGACCCCAAUCUGGGCGACAUGCACGUCGCAGCUCAGGUGGUCGAUCUCAAGAGGAAGAUUCCCAUGUUGACUGGCAUCAUUCUCUCCGCCGCCAUCAGCGCCGGUGUCACUGGCGCGGCCGUCGUUGUGCCCUUGGUCGAGAUUCCCGCCAUCGCCGGCAUCCAGUCGGGCAUGCUGGUCUCGCUUGGCGUGGCCACCGGAGUGCCCCUCGAACGCUACCCGGGGCUGCUGGUCAGCUACGCCGGCAUGCAGCUGCUGACCGGCCUCGUCGCGCUUGGCCUGCCAGAGCUCCUCAAGUUCAUCCCCGGGCUUGGCACCGUCGCGGGCGGAGCCAUCAGCGCUAGCGUGGGGCCAGUGUUGACCGUGGCGAUGGGCGUCCUCUACAGCGUGGCCCUGUUCAAGGUGCGCCAGCAGAUGAACGACAACGAGGAGGGCGUCCUGUCGGAGGCCGUCGUCAAGCAGAUCAUGGCUUCGGUCGUCAGCACCCCGAACAUCAAGCGCCUCUUCGAAAAGGUUAAGAAUCUGAAUAGGGGAGAGUUCAAUCCCUGA